GGAGGGAAACUGCUGAGUCUCAUCUGAGCGUGAAAGUAACAUACGCCACAGUCUGAGGGUGCAGUAGCAGCUCUGCAUUAAAUCAAUCUAUCACCAUACAUGUGGACAUCUGGAAACAAAUACUAGACGACAGAGGAUUAUAAUGAUCACACUUUUGUUGACAUGAUGGACUUUCAUCUAAAAUACAGAUCAGGAAUGUGCCUGCAAACCCUUACAUGACCGGGACAACAGUGAAAGGCCUUCUCUUCAUUGGUGCCAUUCAUCAUGGAUGGAUUAUAACAGUGGAUGUUACACAACACGCCAUGUAGAAGUGAAGACGUGGUGACUUCUGAGAUGAUGGAGGAGAAGAACGGAGAUGAUCAUGCGAUGGAGGAGGAUGAGGAGGAUGUGCAAAACAAUCCAAAAUGGUCCAAUGGUCAGUGUGUUCUUGCAGUGCCGACCUCUUCAACCCUAAACCCCAGUUUUGAUCUUUCACUGUGUCGGUCCAAACUGGAGGAUGAUGGCUUCGAGAUUCCGGUCAGAGACAUGGAGAUUCCUCUGAACACAGCUCUGAACGCUUCUCCUGUCAGGAGAUAUUUGGUUUUUCACUCUGCGCUUUUUCACUUUAUAUUUGCACCGAUCCUGUAUUUGGUGAUUUGGUGCGCCGUGUUCUCCACCCUCCACAUCUUCAUCACUGUGAGUGAUUACUGGGUCCUCUGCCUCUCUGUCAGCCUGGUCGCCAUCUUCAUCACCACAGCCGUCAUCUUCAUCCUCCACCUCAGCAACAAGGACAUCAACAUGAACUUGGACGUUCGGUUGAUUCAGGUGAAUGAGAGGAUGGUGAAACACAAGCUGCUGGUUGCCGUGGCCGACUGGGUGCAGAACUGCAAAGGAAACAUGAAGCUGUACUUUGUGUAUUGGGACUUGUCCUGCUGUCUGAGGGAACUGACUGAAACUUUAGAGGAGCACAAUUUUGUGACAAAUGACACCCAGAAAAAACUGAAGAAGAGAAUGUCUCAUCUCGUCCUGGUGACGGAGGUCAACGAUGAGGUCAGUGGGUCAGAUAUCGAGCAGGAUUUAGAUGAACAGAGGCCUCUGCUAGGAGAUGAGGCGAUGAGCUGCAGUACCUCAUCCAGCCAGCGGGAGGACACCAAAGUUACCACCAGCUACAGCCUGCUCCCUGAUGUCUCUCUGCCUGCUCAGGCUAAGGCCUACCAGCUUCUCAUGACCUACAGUGCAGCGUAUGUGAAGCUGCUGGUGUCUGAGAGGCUGUCAGGACCGUCACAUCACCGCCUGCGUCCCCGGAGAAAUCACUGCAGCACCGCCCCGCUCUGCCUCUGUCAGUACAUCAAGAAGAAGAUCCUUCAGUGACAGAGACAACCGGGGUCAAACCAGGAAGCCGCUGCACUGAACUGAUGGACUUUUAAUCUGCAGCCUUUGCUCAUUAUCACACAAACUGACGGAGCUGUUUUUCCUCUGGAGGAGACACUUGGUUUAUGUUACAUCUUUGGGGACAUUUUGACCAAACAAAGGACCUGUUUGGAGCUUCACACUCUUCAUUUCAGUGUUUCACUGUUCCUACAGCAGCCAGGCCGCUGCACUUCUGUUCUCAUGCCAGCUCUGUGUUUGCACCACCUGGACCCUCGUCCAUUUGGUCCCAACAAACUCUGUCACCCUGCCAAACUGGAAACAUGCUGAGGUCUAUUCCAGCUGCUGUAAAACAAUAUUUGUACAUUUUGCACACAUGACAAUCACAGCCUUAAUUACUGCUCUUUAAAUUAUUCUCACAAAUAUUUAUUAUUCAUUGUAAUGACUUUUAUUUUUCAGUCGAUUCUUCUGUGUUUAUCUUUGUACAAAACAAGUUCUGUGCUUUUCUUGAUCAUGUCCUUUAUGUUUACUCCACAUAAUACGACCCCUCCACUUCAUUUGAGAGGAAAAUGUGAAAACCUUUUUUUACUCCAGUACAGCUGUGUGACAGCUGCUGUUACUUUUCAGAUAAAUAUUUUCCAUUAAAAACAUGAUUGUAUAAUUUAA